CGGAGCAUGCGCAGUGAGGCAAACUGUUAUGAAACAAAGUAGUGCAGAAUCAGAAAGCAGAGGGUUUCUCUGGCAAGCGGCACGACCCCGUACAUCAACACAGAGGAAAGAAAUGCUUCUUUCUUCAGGCUUGACAUAAAUAUUAUCUUCGAGGUGCCAGUACACGAACAAAAUGGCCCCAAAUUCCAUCCACUGGUUCCGAAAGGGCCUCCGUCUCCAUGACAACCCGGCACUUCUGCAGGCGGUCAGAGGGGCAGGCACAGUACGCUGUGUUUACUUCCUGGACCCUUGGUUCGCGGGCUCGUCCAACGUCGGGGUCAACAGGUGGAGGUUUCUCCUUCAGUGUUUAGAAGAUCUGGACGCUAACCUCCGGAAGCUCAACUCUCGCCUUUUUGUCAUCCGGGGCCAACCGGCCAACGUCUUCCCGCGUCUCUUUAAGGAGUGGAAGAUCUCUCGACUGACCUUUGAGUAUGACUCCGAGCCUUUUGGGAAGGAGAGAGACGCUGCCAUCAAGAAGCUGGCCAUGGAGGCGGGGGUGGAGGUCAACGUCAGAACUUCACACACCCUCUACGAUCUGGAUAAGAUCAUAGAGCUGAAUGGCGGGCAGCCUCCUCUCACCUACAAACGUUUCCAGACUCUGAUCAGUCGGCUGGAUCCUCCCGAGAUGCCUGUGGAGACUCUGUCGGACGCCCUGAUGGGCAGCUGUGUCACCCCCAUCUCUGAGGACCACGGAGACAAGUAUGGGGUCCCAUCCCUGGAGGAGCUAGGCUUCGACACCGAGGGCCUGCCAACAGCCGUGUGGCCCGGAGGAGAGACCGAGGCUUUGACCCGGAUAGAGCGCCAUCUUGAGAGAAAAGCAUGGGUGGCUAAUUUUGAGCGUCCCAGAAUGAAUGCCAACUCGCUGCUGGCCAGCCCAACCGGCCUCAGCCCGUACCUGCGCUUCGGCUGCCUCUCCUGCCGCCUCUUCUACUUCAAGCUCACGGACCUCUACCGCAAGGUGAAAAAGAACAGCUCCCCUCCACUCUCCCUGUAUGGCCAGUUACUGUGGCGGGAGUUCUUCUACACCACGGCAACCAACAACCCGCGCUUCGACAAAAUGGAGGGGAACCCCAUCUGCGUCCGCAUCCCCUGGGACAAAAACCCUGAAGCGCUGGCCAAGUGGGCCGAGGCGAAGACCGGUUUCCCCUGGAUAGACGCUAUCAUGACGCAGCUGAGGCAGGAGGGCUGGAUUCAUCACCUGGCCAGGCAUGCGGUGGCAUGCUUCCUCACCCGGGGAGACCUGUGGAUCAGCUGGGAGGAAGGGAUGAAGGUCUUUGAAGAGUUGCUUCUGGAUGCAGACUGGAGCGUAAACGCAGGCAGCUGGAUGUGGCUAUCCUGCAGUUCCUUCUUCCAGCAGUUCUUCCACUGCUACUGCCCCGUGGGCUUUGGCAGACGCACCGACCCCAACGGGGACUUCAUUAGACGAUACUUACCUGUCCUCCGAGGUUUUCCUGCUAAGUACAUCUACGACCCGUGGAACGCUCCGGAGUCCGUCCAGGCGGCCUCCAAGUGCGUGAUCGGUGUCCACUACCCAAAGCCUAUGGUUCACCAUGCGGAGGCGAGCCGGUUGAACAUUGAGAGGAUGAAGCAGAUCUACCAGCAGCUCAGCCGAUACAGGGGACUAGGCCUGCUGGCAUCAGUGCCAUCCAGCAACGGGAACGGGACCGGAGGAAUGAUGGCCUACUCUCCCGGAGAGCAGCCACCAGGGACCAACAACAACAACUCCCAUUUGUCCGGAGUGUCUGGGAGCUCUGUUGCCACGGGUAACAGCAGCGGGAGCAUCCUGCUCAACUUUCACAAUAAAGAAGACAUGGGGCCGAGCACCACCCAACAGCGAUUGCACCUACACCAGCAACAGCAACAACAGCCACAACAGCAACAUCUACACCAACAGCAACAGCUUGGAUACCACUCGGUGCCAGACACCAGCCAGACCAUCCCCAGCAGCCCGCUCUACCAUGAGUUUGCUGUGCCUCAACACCCAGGACUACUACUACAAGGCCGAGGCAGCAUCACAGGGAAGCGGGAGCGUGAGUCAGAACGGGACAGCUCGGGGGAGAAAGAGGUGGCGGCCUGCUCCAGGCACAAGAUGCAGAGACAGAAUGCACAGACGACGUAGAGCAGGCGCUGACGGGCACUGAUGGGACGCCGUGCCGCCGGCGGAGAGAGGGAGUCCCAACAUUUCCCACCGGUCCUCCCAACACACGCAGACACCCCUGCCUCAAACUGCUAUCUGUCUGCACCCCCCUCCCCCCCUCCCCCCAAAGAAACAAAAUGCCUCAAACGUACCAUUCGUCAAAUUAUUUGUUAAAACAAAAAAAAACUAAAAAAAAGAAACUACAUUAUUGUCUUAAAACUGACGCCAGCAGCCAGUAUACAGUGUGAACUCUGAAGCAGCUAUAAAUGUUAGUAUUGGAAUAUUUAAUUAUUUUUUUAAAGCUGCAAAUACACUCAAUUAACCCUUGUGUUUUGUUCUCGUUGUUGACUAUUUGUCCUUAUUUUAACAUUUUGGACUCUUUUACAACAUUUAAAAAGCUUUUUCAGACGUUUUUGUCACUUUUUCUAGUGUUGUCCGCCAGGUUUUUUAUUGUGUUUUUUUUUUCCGCGCUUUUCCCCAAAACAAUUAACGCUUUUCCCAACAUUUUGUCAUUUUUUAUCUGCAUUUUUGGCACUUAUUCUAACAUCCCAUAUUCCUGUAUAUAAAUAAAACUAUAUAAAAAAAAAAAUGGGUCCAAGUUUUACAGAGGACAACAUGAGGGUUAAUCACCUUAUCUGAGCUGGCAUACACUGUAAAUGUGCUUUAACUACAGCUUUGUGGUAUGCACGUCCUAAUGUGCUAUAUCCCAUAAUACUUGCCUGGAAAACAGCAUAGCCUUCACACAUGCUCAGUCCAGGAAUAGUUUGUGGUUACAAAUGUAAUCUUUGAACAUUGGAACACCGCUGUGUAUACAUGAUAUUUAAUGUGUCUGUUUCUCUUGUUGUCGAGACGUAUCACGAUACUUCUGACCAAAUACAUCAAUGUUGAUGUUGCGUCGCGAAGGCAUAACUUUGCGUUCAAAAUUAGGCGGGGUUUCAAAUCUCCACUUUUGAGCAAGAUUUAAAUUUCUCAAUACUGUGAUAUGACAACAGUCUGGUAAUUUCACUUUAGUGGGAUGCAGCCUGUAAAACCAGGAAAAGAAAUCACUUAAAUCUGUUUCAUUGGAUUAGAUUCUAGAAUUAAUUGCUUUUCCUUGGGUUCCAGGAUGUCAACACUGGAUUUCAUACAUUACAUUAACAUCGGUUAAUUUGGCCUAAUGAAUUUGAGCAAGUUGAAAAUAUGAGUUGAAUUUUACACAUUGUACUUAGCAUCUGAAUUUGGUACAUUACAUUUUUUGACAUUGAAUUUUAUAUUCUGAAUUUGUGAACUUAGAAAAAAAAGGCAAAAAUGAGUUGUGUAAAAUUCAAAGGCAAAAAGUUUCGGGUACAUUACUUUCAAUGCAUGAAUAUUCAGAGCUAGAAAUUCAAUGGCUUUUUAAUUUAAAAUCCAAUGAAACAGAUUUACUUCCAUGCACUUGUGUCACAUCACAA